UUAUUUUUAAACUAGUGCCUUCACUUCUUCUUCCAUACGAAAACCCUAAACUAGGGCUUUUUUCCCGCCUUCUUUUUCUUCUUCUUCCUCUGCUACUGUAUCAGUAAGGGUGAAGGGAGCUUAGAGUAACAGAGCAACAAUGGUGUCUCCCAGGAAUUUACUAUCUCUUAUCGAUUCUACAUUAUUGGGUCCCACUCCUCCUUCGCCAUCGCAGAGAAUUGAGCUUCUUCACGCUAUUCGUCAAUCUCUUCCUUCUUUCCAGUCACUCCUUUCGUAUCCGCCCCCAAAGCCCACGGACCGAGUUCAAGUCCAGUCCAAAGAAGUGAGACUUCCAGAUUCCGGCCCAAUUCCACUGGAUGAUCAGGAUGUUCAAAUUGCCCUAAAGUUGAGUGAUGAUCUACAUCUUAAUGAAGUAGACUCUGUUCGGUUGCUUGUUUCUGCCAAUCAAGAGUGGGGAUUAUUGGGACGUGAGCCGUUAGAGAUAUUCCGCCUUGCAGCUGGACUGUGGUAUACAGAGAGAAGAGAUCUUAUAACAGCACUUUACACACUGUUGAGGGCUGUUGUCCUUGACCAAGGACUAGAACCUGAUCUUGUGGCAGAUAUUCAGAGAUUUUUGGACGAUCUCAUUAAUGCUGGAGUUAGAAGGCGGUUGAUUUCACUCUUAAAGGAACUCAAUCUAGAAGAGCCAUCUGGUUUGGGGGGGCCUAACUGUGAACGCUAUAUUCUUGAUUCAAGAGGAGCUUUGGUGGAAAGGAGAGCUGUUGUUUCCAGGGAAAGGCUCAUUCUGGCUCAUUGCCUUGUCCUUUCUGUCUUGGUUGUGCGUGCAAGCCCUAAAGAUGUGAAGGAUGUCUUUUCUGCUCUAAUGGAUAGUGCAGUAGGGCUUAGUGGCAGCACUGACACUUUAAGCCAUCAGAUAACAUAUAGUCUUCUCUUCUCCCUUGUGGUGGCUCUCAUAUCAGAUGCAUUGAGUGCUGUGCCUGAUAAAACAUCAGUCUUGUCUCGUGAUGUGUCCUUUAGGCAUGAGUUCCAGGAAUCUGUAAUGGUCGCUGGGAAUGAUCCUGUUGUUGAGGGAUAUGUUGAUUGCUUAAGGAGUGCAUGGGUUGUACAUCUAAUGUUAAUACAUGACGGGCUUGAUGCAAAAGACACGUCAGCAAGUGCUUCAUCUAAUAAUGAUAUAAGGAACAUCUAUUCAUGCUUGGAAGUUAUAUUCUCCAACAAUGUGUUCCUGUCUUGGCUGAAUAAGAUCCUCCUAACGCCUGCCUAUCAGAACGAUGAUGAGGAUAUGAUCUACAUGUACAAUGCCUAUUUGCACAAGAUGAUAACAUGCCUUUUGUCUCAUCCACUGGCCAAAGACAAGGUUAAAGAAGCAAAAGAGAAGGCUAUGGCAGCACUUAGUCCGUACCGCUUGUCUACUUCACAUGAUUAUGCUGUGGAGGGAAUUGGUCAUUUUCAAAAGGCCAGUGAACCUGCACCACAAGCUUUUGUCUCUCUCUUGGAGUUUGUGAGUGAAAUUUACCAGAAAGAACCUGAGCUGCUGUCUGGUAAUGAUGUUUUGUGGACUUUUGUCAACUUUGCUGGAGAGGAUCACACUAACUUUCAGACACUUGUAGCAUUUUUAAGAAUGCUGAGUACCUUGGCUUCUAGUACUGAAGGUGCUUCCAAAGUUUUUGAGUUACUUCAGGGAAAGACAUUCCGUUCAAUCGGAUGGAGCACUUUAUUUGAUUGUUUAUCAAUUUAUGAUGAAAAGUUCAAACAAGCUCUGCAAAGUCCUGGGGCAGUUCUGCCAGAGAUACAGGAAGGAGAUGCCAAAGCACUCGUUGCUUACUUGAAUGUUUUGCAAAAGGUUGUUGAAAAUGCGAAUCCCGUAGAACGGAAGAAUUGGUUCCCUGAUAUUGAGCCAUUGUUCAAACUCCUUGGUUAUGAAAAUGUCCCUCCUUAUCUUAAGGGUGCAUUGAGAAAUGCCAUAGCUACUUUUGUUCAAGUAUCACCAGUUCUGAAAGAUACAACUUGGAGGUUUUUAGAGCAAUAUGAUCUACCUGUAGUUGUUGGGAGCACAACACAGGCCUUGACAACACAGGUUUAUGACAUGCGAUUUGAGCUGAAUGAAAUCGAAGCUAGAAGGGAGCAAUACACUUCAACUAUAUCAUUCAUUAACUUGUUGAAUACUCUAAUUGCCGCUGAAAAGGACGUUAGUGACAGAGGGCAUAGAUUCAUUGGCAUCUUUAAAUUCAUUUAUGAUCAUGUCUUUGGACCAUUCCCGCAGAGAGCCUAUGCUGAUCCUUGUGAGAAGUGGCAACUUGUCAUAGCUUGCCUCAAACAUUUCCAGAUGAUGCUGAGUAUGUAUAGUAUCAAUGAUGAGGAUAUUGACAGUGUUGUGGACCAAUCUCAGCUGUCAGAAACAGGACAAUCUGCUCCACUGCAGCUGCCUGUAAUAGAGUUGAUGAAAGAUUUUAUGAGUGGUAAAACUGUGUUCCGGAAUAUCAUGAGUAUUCUUUCACCAGGAGUCAAUUAUCUGCUUUCUGAAAGAACAAGUCAAAUUUACGGGCAACUUCUUGAACAAGCUGUCCUCCUUUCUCUGGAAAUUGUUGAUCUAGUAUUGGAGAAAGAUUUAGCUGUGUCUGAGUUUUGGUGUCCUUUGUAUCAGCCUCUAGAUGUCAUUCUCUCACAAGAUCAGAACCAAGUUGUGGCUUUGUUAGAGUAUGUUAGAUAUGAUUUGCAGCCCCGUAUUCAACAAUCGUCUAUCAAAAUAAUGAACAUCCUAAGUUCUCGCAUGGCCGGGCUUGUUCAGUUGCUCUUAAAAUCCAAUGCUGCAGGGUCCUUGGUUGAGGAUUAUGCUGCCUGCUUGGAGUUGCGAUCUGAAGAAUGUCAAAUCAUAGAGGAUUGCCGUGAAGAUUCAGGUGUUCUCAUACUACAACUGCUCAUUGAUAAUAUUAGCCGUCCUGCCCCAAAUAUCACACACUUGUUACUCAAAUUUGAUGUUGAUGGCGCUGUUGAGAGGACCGUGCUUCAGCCAAAGUUUCACUAUAGUUGCUUGAAGAUCAUUCUUGAUGUGUUGGAAAAACUGAUGAGACCCGAAAUCAAUGCUUUGCUCCAUGAAUUUGCAUUUCAGCUUCUUUAUGAGUUAUGUACUGAUCCUCUGACUUGUAAUCCUGUGAUGGAUUUGUUGAGCACCAAAAAGUAUCGAUUCUUCGUACAGCAUUUGGAUUUAAUUGGUAUUGCUCCACUUCCCAAAAGGAGUAGUAGUCAGGCACUUCGUAUCAGUUCCCUUCAUCAGAGAGCAUGGCUGUUAAAGCUGCUAACAACAGAAUUGCAUGCGACUGAUAUGUCUAGUUCCACUCAUCGAGAAGCUUGUCAAAGUAUUCUAUCUCAACUAUUUGGAGAGGAAAUUUUUGAACACGAUGUUGAUCUUGGUGCAUCUUCUCCAUAUAGUCAAAUCAGUCCUGGUGUGAAUGGAGCCAGAAUGAUUAGUAAAGCUAAGGUAUUGGAGUUGCUUGAAGUUGUCCAGUUUAAAUCUGCUGAUACUGUGUUGAAAUCUUCACAAGCAGUUUCAAGCGCGAAAUAUGGGUUUCUGGCUGAAGAUAUACUUACCAAUCCUGCUACUUCUGAAAAAGGUGGUGUUUAUUAUUACUCAGAACGUGGAGACCGUUUAAUUGAUCUAGCUUCAUUUCGUGACAAAUUAUGGCAGAAAUACAACUUGUUUAAUCCUCAGCAUAGCUCCUUUAAUACUGAAGUUGAGCUAAAUGAAAUUCGAGAUACAAUCCAACAGCUGUUACGAUGGGGGUGGAAAUACAACAAAAAUCUUGAAGAACAAGCAGCUCAGCUUCAUAUGUUAACUGGCUGGUCUCAAAUUGUUGAGGUCUCUGUCUCCAGCAAAAUAUCCUCUCUUCCCAACCGUUCUGAAAUAUUAUUUCAGUUGCUUGAUGCCUCUCUCAGUGCUUCUGGCUCUCCGGACUGCUCAUUGAAGAUGGCACUGAUUCUGACACAGGUUGGUGUCACCUGCAUGGCCAAGUUACGCGAUGAAAGAUUCUUAUGCCCUAGUGGUUUAAAUUCUGAUACUGUCACUUGUAUUGACAUCAUGAUGACAAAACAAUUACCAAGCGGAGCAUGCCAUUCUAUUCUAUUCAAGCUCAUACUGGCAAUUCUUAGAAAUGAAUCAUCAGAAGCAUUGAGGAGACGCCAAUAUGCUUUGCUCCUUAGCUAUAUUCAGUACUGUCAGCAUGUGCUUGAUCCUGAUCUUCCAACGACAGUAAUGCAAUUGUUGACAACGGAUGAACAGGAAAAUGAUGAUGAUCCUGAUCUUGAAAAGAUUGUCAAAGAUCAGACUGAAAUGACGCACACAAAUUUUUCAAUAAUAAGGAAGGAGUCUCAGUCACUUCUUGAUCUGAUCAUAAAAGAUGCAACCCAUGGAAGUGAAUCUGGAAAGACCAUCUCCCUCUAUGUUUUGGAUGCUUUAAUUUGCAUUGACCAUGAAAAAUUUUUCUUGAGCCAGCUGCAAAGUAGAGGGUUUUUAAGGUCUUGCCUCAUGAACAUCAAUAACUUUUCUCAGGAUGGUGGGUCAUCUUUAGAGUCAAUGCAGCGUGUCUGCACUCUUGAAGCAGAAAUCGCUCUUCUUCUGAGAAUUAGCCACAAGUAUGGUAAAUCUGGGGCCCAGGUGCUUUUUUCAAUGGGUGCAUAUGAGUCCAUAUCUGCCUGUAAGGCACUGAAUAUGCAAGUGAAGGGAAGCUACCGGCGCAUGGAUGGCAAAUUUGGAAGAGAAUUGUCAGUUGAUGUUGAUAAACAACGAAUGAUCAUAGCUCCAAUCUUGAGAUUGGUGUUUUCACUUACUUCAUUGGUUGAUGCAUCUGAAUUUUUUGAGGUCAAAAAUAAAGUUGUACGUGAAGUCAUUGAAUUUGUAAGAAGUCAUCAAUUACUUUUUGACCAAAUCCUUCGAGAAGAUCUUUCUGAUGCUGAUGACUUGACAAUGGAACAAAUAAAUCUGGUUGUUGGCAUACUUACAAAGAUUUGGCCUUAUGAAGAGACCGAUGAAUAUGGUUUUGUUCAAGGGCUUUUUGCGAUGAUGCGUUUUCUUUUCUCUCGUGAGCCAGACUCUUUUAUUACAAACCAAUCCAUACAUUUUCAGGAGGAACAGCGGAAGGCAGAAGUGAAUGCAUCUCGUCUUUGCUUUAGCCUGAGCUCUUAUCUCAGUUUCCUUGUUACAAAGAAGUCUUUAAAAUUGCCGGUCUCAGAUGGUCCGAUGGACUAUCGCACUUCUGCUGGUCAACAACAGCCAACCUUGAGUCUACUUGGUUUUCUUCUCAACUCUCUGCCUACAGCAUUGGAAAGAGCUACCGAGGACAGAUAUUUACUGCUUAGCAAGAUUCAAGACAUAAAUGAACUAUCAAGACAGGAAGUGGAUGAAAUCAUUAAUAUGUGUGUUCCCAAGGGUUGUAUUUCAUCGUCCGAAAACAUUCAGAAAAGGAGAUAUGUCGCAAUGAUGGAGAUGUGCCAAAUUGUUGGAGAUAGGAAUCAACUUAUGACAUUAUUGCUUUUACUGGCAGAAAACGUGAUGAAUAUUAUCCUUGUCCAUUUUCAAGACAGUUCUUUCGAAUGUGGCACCAAACCCCACUCGAAAGACGACUUGAAUAUGCUAUGUGGACAGUUAAUUUCAGCUUUGGAAAGGCUUGAAUUACUAAGCGAGGAUAAAACGGGUCAUGACCUUAAAGUGUUUCGAAGAUUAGCUAGUUCUUUGAAAGAAAUAUCUAUUCAAAAGUCACAUUUUUGACUGGCCUCCGUUUUUUCUUCUCCUAGUGUUGGCAUUAGAGGGUAUGGUGAAUUUGGUUGAGUUGUAAUGUAAUUGUAUAUUAUAAUCUUUAUAUAUAGUGCCUGUCCUAUUUCUUUUGAAGUCGUUCAAUGUGUUGUAGUUGUACAUAUUGUAUAUCACACAACAGCCUCUAGUGUGCAACUUAGCUUUUCACAUUGCAAUGAGUUUUUCUUUUUGGGUUCAAAA